GCGACUGGGGAGGCGCUCGCACUUCAGCCCGGCCCUUCGUCUCCGCGCAGCCCAGCCUCCUCCAGGAAGGCAGCUCCAGCUCCAGCAGCAGCCAGACGCCCAGAUCCGCCGCGCCGCCGCCUUCGAACCGGGACGUUCUUCUUCUUCUUCUUGCCGCCGCCGCUGACCCCCGACCACCGCCAUGGAUGCCAUCAAGAAGAAGAUGCAGAUGCUCAAACUGGACAAGGAGAACGCCUUGGACCGGGCCGAGCAAGCAGAAGCCGACAAGAAGGCGGCUGAGGACAGGAGCAAGCAGUUGGAGGAGGACAUUCUGCAGUUGGAAAAGCAACUGCGGACCUCUGAGGAUGAGAGGGACCGGGUUCUGGAAGAGCAGCACAAAGCGGAAGAGAGCCUGCUGGCUGCGGAUGAGAAGGCCACCAAGGCUGAGAGCGAUGUGGCUUCUCUGAACAGGCGUAUCCAACUGGUAGAGGAAGAGCUGGAUCGUGCCCAGGAGCGCCUGGCAACAGCCUUGCAGAAACUGGAGGAGGCUGAGAAGGCGGCAGAUGAGAGCGAAAGAGGAAUGAAGGUCAUUGAGAGCAGAGCCCUGAAGGAUGAGGAGAAGAUGGAGAUCCAGGAGAUCCAACUCAAGGAGGCCAAACACAUUGCUGAGGACGCUGACCGCAAGUAUGAAGAGGUGGCUCGUAAACUGGUGAUCAUUGAGAGCGACCUGGAGCGUGCGGAGGAGCGGGCUGAACUGUCAGAAAGCCAAGCCCGACAGCUGGAGGAACAGUUAAGGAUAAUGGAUCAAACGUUGAAAGCAUUAAUGGCUGCUGAGGAGAAGUACUCGCAGAAGGAAGACAAGUAUGAAGAGGAGAUCAAGGUCCUUACUGACAAACUUAAAGAGGCUGAGACCCGAGCUGAGUUUGCAGAGAGGUCGGUAACUAAGCUGGAGAAGAGCAUUGAUGACUUAGAAGACCAGCUCUACCAGCAGCUUGAGCAAAACCGCCGUCUAACUAAUGAACUAAAGUUGGCCCUGAACGAGGAUUAAGCUUUAGUAUGAACCAGCCCCUUUCUAACAAAUGUGCUUGUGAUUCAAUUGAUACUGAAAUAUGCAAGAGACCCGUGCAAGUAAGAAAUUAUUGCUUCACUGAUCGUGGGAAGUGAAACUGGCUUGACUUAGGGACAUUUUAAAAUUUCACUGGUCAGUUGUGCUCUGUUUAGAACUUUUUCUUUAUUGUUCAAAGGCCAGCUAUAUGCCUGGUGAUAAUUUUACAGAGAGGAAAUCAAGCAGCCUUCCUCUUAGAGUGGAGUUUUCACUGAGAGAGGGGGGAGCAGAGAGAAAAUGUACUCCCAGCUGCUUAUUUGGAAUCUGAACCCCACAAGUUUGAGUCCCAGUAAAAACAGCUUUUGUUUAUGGGUUAAACUACUCACCUAAAGAAGAAGCCGUUAUUGAGAACCUCUGGUCAAUUUAAAGGUACGCUUUCUUGCAUCAUAAGAAGGUCACUGUUGCUCUUCGGUUGUAUGUGGUUCUGGAGUUUCUGUGCUUAUGUCAGCAUCACUGAAGCAUGUUUAGGGGCUGUCCUACAAAGUGUGCAUGUCACAAAACUAAGAACUGUUGUAAAACACUUUCUUUCUCUUUCUUUCUCUUUUGCCGGGGUGGGGUGGGGGGGUUGGAAGGCUGCUGUAAAAAUAAGUCACUUGAGGUUUUUUCCAAACAGUCAAGCUGGUCCCCCUGCCCAUCUUUCAUUUUCUGGUACAGUGGUGCCUCGCUAGACAAAUUUAAUUCGUUCCACAGGUCUUUUCUUAUAACGAAAAAUUCGUCUAGCGAAUCCCAUAGGAAUGCAUUGAAUUUUUUUUUUUGCCCAUAGGAGCGCAUUAAUUGAAUUUCGAUUCAUUCCUAUGGGAAACCGCGAUUCGCUAGACAAAUCUUUCGUAAAACGCAUUCGUCUAGCGAGGCAACCUCCGCUAGAAGAAACCUUUCGUUAAGCGGAAAUUCCGUUAAGCAGGGCAUUCGUUAAGCGAGGCACCACUGUAGUUGUUAAAUGUUGAAUGGGUAGAACUGCUUCUGAAGUCCUGUCAUCAGCAUUUUUUAAGAACAUGUUAGAAUUUCCUCCUGGACUUUCCCUGGAACUAGCUGCCUGACAUGCUUUUGUACCUUUCCUUAUUAUUACUAUUUUUAAAAGAAAAAUUAGAAAGCUCAUUGCAUUACUCUGUUGCAGCAGUCGUGUGACAUGAGGUUGAUGGGUUUUUUGGUGCCCCUAGGAUUAAAACAAAAAACACUCCCCAAAGUUGUAGCUUAACUUACUCUAUUUAAGUCCCCCCCCCCCCAACGGUUCUUUGGUGUUACGUUUGAUAUGAUAGUCCCAGUUCUUGGCUGCUGCCUCCUUUGACGAUGGACCCAACAGAUAACUCGCUUCUCAUUUGGCAAAAGUGUUUUUGGGUUGCUGGCUGCUCUGAAGGGUGUUGCCUUUGUUUAUGUUAAUCCUAAUAUGUCGCAGUCAUGCUCCCUCCAUGCUCAUUUACAAAUGAUAUUUGCCUUUGUACAAUUAAUAUAAAGCAAUGACAUUUUUUUUCAUAACUUGACUUUUC